CGCUCUCAUUUUGCCAGCGACUAUAAGUACAAAAGGAGAGCACGUUUCGGGCGAGAACGAAGCGGCUAGCCGGAGCGUCUCCCCAGACCGGACUUCAUUGACGACGCCGGCGCAGACCAUGCGGCCACGAUGAUCCUGCACAGGAACAUGUUCCGACUCGAGCUGCUGGCCAGGGUGCCUCCCGCGCAGAAGGCGCCCUCGGACGAGGACUGCCUUGCUCUGGCCAAGAAGUCUGCGCGCAGCAUCGACGAAGGACCUCUCUACCUACUCCUGGUCGAUGGCGUCAAAGUGAGGUCCAGGAGCGAAUGGUCUUCGGCCCCCACGGAGGUCCGUAACCACGGGAACCUGUUGACGUGCCUGUUUGACCCGGAAGAACCGCGCGUUGUCACCACGGUCUUCCAACAGGACGGUACGGAGGACUCCGAGCGCAAGAAGGAGGUUGUUGUGUGGAGGGCCGCCACGGAGGACGAGGCUAGGGCCCUCUGCAACUUCAAGGACCCGACCCCAGAAAGCGAGUCCCUGAGUAGCUCUCCCAGCGACACCUUGUCUUCGCUGGCUUCACUCUCGUCCACGGGCUCCUCGGACAGUUUCAAGACCAGCUCCAGCAGGCAGGUCCUUGUUGCUGCCAGCAGGAACGGAUCCCGAGAUCGCAAAGCGGACGCGAGACAGCGCGAAGCGCCCAAGGUCCUGGCGCCUCCUUCGACCGAACAAGACCGGUCCAGGAAGUCGGACGCGUCCAAGAAAGAUGCCCCUCGCAAACUGCCGCUUCUCUGGACGGCCGCCGCGGCAUCCCUGAAACGAGCGCCGCAGAUUCUGGUCCGGCCUGCUGGGACCCAGAGCCUUCAGCCGGGACCAACGCCCUGGAUACACUGGUCACCUCCCCGAGUCCCGCUCUGCUUCCAGUACUUCGGCCGGCCAGUUCUGACUCAGGACAGCCGAAGCUUCCGCCCCCACAUGCCCGUCCAGCUUCAACAACACCAGAUAAAGGAGCUGCAGCGGGCCAGCACCCGAAACACCGCCGCGGUGCUACACGCUCCUCAAAGAUCCAUGCUGCGCUCGGGCUCGCUAAGCAGCCAGGAGUCGAGCGGAUCCGACAACGAGGGUAACCACGCCAACGGGGACUACAGCCACCACUCGAGGCAUCGCUCCAAGAAGGUGGUGACUUUCAACUACAUGACCAAAGUGCAGUUCAUGUAAAUGACCGCGUGUGCGUGUGUGUUUGCGAGGGCGGACCGCCGAGUGAAUGCGUGAGCGUCCCCCCUUUCACCAUCUGUACCUCUUCCCUUCCCUCGGGAGCUUCCCCUCAAGGUCCUCCAGCGCGCGACUCGUGCCAUAACGGAACACGUCGGCGGUGAGGACAUGCGGCCACAGACCACGUGCGGUGAGCUCGCGGGAAGUGACGGGCAGCGACGACUUCCGGCGCGGUUCUCCUCCCAUAUCUUCCACGGCCAGAUUGGAAGAUACCGGACGAAGAUGGCGGCCGGCCCAGGACUGGGGCGUUUCGUGGGUGCGCGUGCGAUCGAGUAGCCCAGAAUCGCCCAGUCGAAGACUAACCAGGAUAUACUGUCCUAACGGUAACGUCGACCAUCUUUCUAUCUCGUCCUUUUUUUUUUCUUUUUUGGCAACAACAGCCGAGCUGCACGAUUUCGAGAAAUACUAUGCUAAGACAAAUAAUUGUGAAUAUACCGCACAAAACAUGCAGCACCACUGAAAUAUUCGGUUCGUCGUAGUAUGCGUUUUUAUUUUAUAAGUUACAGAGUAGCGCCGAAAUGCAUCUUCGUAUCGUUCCUAACUGAUAUAUAACUAAUUCCAGUUUAUCUGACCAUGUAAAUAUAAAGGAGUCGUUUAGCCGAACUGCUAAAUCACGUUUGGUCCUAUAGCACUGAUAUAGGAUUGCGGAAACGUCGAGGAAUAAUUAUCGAAGAGUUUAUGUUCACCCGACUGGAUGGGCUCUAGUGGAGAGAAUACUUUGUGACUGCGACAGAGCAUCGACGAUAGCGCUCUUGAAUGUGUAAGAUAAGAAGAGAAAAUAAAAUAUUUCGCUUAA